AUGAAACAAGUGCUGGGAAUUAAGUGGUUUAAGGAAAACCAAUCAACUCGAUCAGCCUUUGCUUCUCUGAUAGCAGGUGCAUGUGCAGGUGCUAUAGCCAAAACAGUUAUUGCUCCUCUUGACCGCACAAAAAUUAAUUUUCAAAUUUCUAACAAGGCAUGUUAUUCCUUGAAAUCUGCUCUCACUUUUAUCAAAAACACGUACUUAACGACUGGUUUGUUUUCGUUAUGGCGAGGGAAUUCGGCUAUGAUGGUACGGAUUGUACCAUAUGCUGCUGUCCAGUUCGCAGCGCAUGAAGAAAUCAAGUAUGUGAUGUGUGUUGACAAAGAUGGAAAAAGAACUCCAGUAAAGCGUUAUAUUGCGGGAUCAUUGGCAGCAGUAGUUGCUACAAUAUGUACAUAUCCACUUGAUACUGCCAAGGCACGUUUAGCCACGUCAACAGUUGAUCAGUAUAGCUCGUUGUUAUCUGUUCUUACCAAAGAUUAUCAAAAAUAUGGUGUCAGAACUUUCUAUAAUGGUUUGAUUCCAACUUUGAUGGGAGUUAUACCUUAUGCUGGAGCUAGUUUCUUCACUUUUGAAACUCUUAAGUUUUUAUAUCUAGGAGAAAAAGGCAGAGAAGUUUCACCAAUAUAUCGCCUCCUGUUUGGUGCUUUUGCGGGCUUAAUUGGUCAGUCGUCAUCUUAUCCUCUAGAUAUUGUACGUCGUCGCAUGCAGACACAUCGCAUUCCCGUUGAACAGAACGUUUUAUCUAGUAUAUAUAUGAUCUGGAAAACAGAAGGUAUCAAACGAGGUCUUUAUAAAGGUCUGACUAUGAAUUGGAUAAAGGGUCCUAUUGCAGUAGGAAUCAGCUUUACAGUUUACGAUUAUGCUUAUGCCUAUAUAAAGUCAUUAUUGAAAACGGAAGGAUCGUUGGGAAUUGUUCUAAGCGGAAAAUUUAUUAGUCGAUUUCAGAUCUUUAAAGAAACCAAAUCGAAACCGUAG